UGCCUCAGAAUCUUCGCCCCUUACCUCUUGCAAACACUCAUUUGGCUGGGCUGGUCGCCUGCUGCGCUUCCUGCAUCACAGGCUUACAGCCAAGGCAGCAGUGAGGUGUCCGAUUGGGACACGUGAAGACUUGGAUCCCAGACGGUGGGGAGGAAUGAAAAUGCACCACAAAAAGACAGCUGCAAGACAGCAAACCAGGGAGGCUCCAGGUCACCACACCAAUUCUACAACCUUCAGGAAGAGAAAGGCCUCACAAAAGAAGCAGAGGAGGAGAUCUUCACAGUCCCAGAGGAACAUCGUGGGCCGCAGAAUUUCUCAUGGAUGGAAGGAAAGUGAUGAGCCCAUCACCCAGUGGAAAGGAACUGUUUUGGAUCAGGUGCCUAUAAAUCCCUCUCUUUAUCUGGUGAAAUAUGAUGGAAUUGACUGUGUCUAUGGACUGGAACUUCACAGAGAUGAAAGGAUUUUAAAGCUUAAAAUCCUUCCUGAUAAGGUGCCACUUUUUCAAGUCAGAGAUGUGCACUUUGAAAAUACCAUAAUUGGCAAAGCAGUGGAACACAUGUUUGAGGGUGAGCAUGGUUCUAAGGAUGAAUGGAGGGGGAUGGUCCUAGCCCAAGCACCUAUCAUGAAAACCUGGUUUUAUAUUACCUAUGAGAAAGAUCCUGUCCUGUACAUGUACCAGCUUCUAGAUGAUUAUAAAGAAGGUGACCUCCGUAUCAUGCCAGAGUCCAGUGAGUCUUCUCCAACAGAAAGGGAGCCAGAAGGAGUUAUAGAUGGCCUGAUAGGUAAACAUGUGGAAUAUACCAAAGAAGAUGGCUCCAAAAGGUCAGGCAAAGUCAUUCUUCAAGUUAAAGCCAAACCUUCUGUGUAUUUCAUCAAGUUUGAUGAUGAUUUCCACAUCUAUGUCUAUGAUUUGGUCAAAAAGUCCUACUAGGGUAAAAUCUGCCAAGUGUG